GCUGGAUCAGAAUCGCUGCGCAAUCGCUGCCCAAGGCAUCGCAGCUGUCAGAUACAUUGUCGCAAGUUCCGCCAGGAACGAAUUGCGGACGGAGGCAGCAGAACAGUAGAUAAAAAUGGGCGCUGGCGCCUCGCAGGGCUUCGUCGAGGCGGCGGACGACAAAGAAAUGGAGAUGCCGGAUGCGCCAGAGCACCUCAAAGCCUUGGCGUCGAGGCUCUCGGCGGCGCACGGCGUCGCGGAAGCCAUCAUAUGCCAGGGCCUGGUCGUGCUCGAGCCGUGCGUGCAGCGUCGACUUAAUCGACGGAUCACCAAGCCGCUCGAUCUUGCCUGCCUGCGGGCGUUCAAGGCGGAAAUGGAGGGACAGGACGUCGCGCCGGACGUUCAGGCCGCGCUAGACGCACUACCGGCGGGCAUCGGAGACAAGGUCGUGGCACUCUUAGAUUCGCUCCACCUUUGUGGCGGCUACUUGCCUCGCAUCGGUCUGGGCAGUGGUGGCUUGUAUAAACACUUCGAGGAAGGCGCGCGUCCCCACGAGCACGCCUACGACCAGGGCUGCCGCAUGUGGGACUGCUCCGACCCCUGCCCGUCGAUGCCGCCCUUCAGCGGCCUCUACGACCGCGCGCGCAUGGCGGAACAGAUGGCAACCAAAGAUCUGAGCGACUUCGUGCUCAUUUGCCACCCGGACCCCUGGUCGAUGGGCGUGGAGCCCGGGAACGUCCGGCGAAGUCUGGCGAAACAGCAGGAGCUGCUCGCGCCGAUGGCACGCGAGGGAGAGCCCCUCGUCGACGUCUACGCUCCGUUCGGCGCAUCGCGGUUAGACGGGUGGUCGCCGGACGAAAACGUACCCUUCGAUGAAGUGUGGAGGGAGUGCGAGGAGCUACAUCGCGAAGGCAAGGUCCGCGCGUUGGGCGUGUGUAACAUGAGCGCGCCGCAGCUGGAACGGCUCCUGGAGUUCUGCGAGAUUCGACCGGCCGUCUACGAGACCGAGUCACACAUUAUGCACCAGCGGCAAGAUCUCGUCGACCUCUGCCGCCGCGAGAAGAUCGCGAUGCUCGCGCACACGCCGCUUGGUCAGGGAACCGUCCUAGAUAGCGCGUUGCUCGCGCACGAUACGCUCUCGCCCGCGCAAGCUGCUCUGCGGCAAAAUCUCGAUCGCGGCGUCUCGGUGCUCCCGGGCGCGGAGAAACUAUCAGAGAUUGAUGAGGACCAGGCGACUCCGCUCGGUCCGCCCGUUGCGCGCAUUCCCCCGCCAGCUGCCUUCGUCGCUCUCUCGGUAGCAGCGGUCAACUCAAAGUUCAAGGCUAUGAUCGCGCCGACCGCCGACCUGGUGCGGCGGGACGACGGCCACUGGUACGUUCUGUCCGCCGCGGACGACAAGGGGUGCGUGCGCAAGGAGGUCAUCGCGCAGAAUAGCGCCACGAUCGAGCAGAUCCGGCCCAUCAUCGCCGCGCUGCCUCGGAAGGAAACGGCCGCGGCGCGGCGGCGGGUGAUCUGCGAGGAGCUGGCGAAGCUCGGCGACGACCGCAAGCUCGGAUCCAUGAAAGUGAUUCCUGCGACCGUCUUCGCGGCGCAGGACAAAAUUCCCCGGCGGUCCUGCAAGGACGAGGGUCCGACCCCCCAACUCGACGCUUCGGACCUGCCCGAAGGUGCCCGGUUGAUAUUCUUCAGUCAGCGCUGGCUCACCCUGUCACAUCCUGACGAUGAUAAGGGUACAAAACGCACCGCAAUCGUCGACGCGGCCGAGGCUUACGCUAAGCAGGCGGACGUCGAGCUGGAACAGAUAUAUAUCUGGUUCGAUCUGGCGUGCAUCGAACAGGACGACUUAGCCGAACUCGUGCGUGGCGUGAAUUCUCUGGGCUUAUAUAUCACGGCCUGCGACGCAUUCGUCUCGAUCGACCAUCCUGAGUACUGGUCUCGAGCAUGGUGCCUGAUGGAGCAAGAGUUCGCACGGUGCGCGGGAGUGCCGCGCUUCGUGAUUAGCUCGGACGGUAUACUGGUCCCCACUAGCCACGAGGUGACGGAUCCGCGCGACGGCAAUUUAACAGUAGAGAACGACCGCGGGGCGAUCGACGUCCUCUGCCUCGUAGCGCACGACCUGCGCUCGCGCUUGUACCUCAGUGGUAUUUCCCAAUGGUCCACGGAGGGCCAACUGGCCGAGGCCAUCGGCAACAGGGUAUUUCAAGGCGCGGAGGAGGGAGUCCGCUCCAACAUCAUCAAGACCUAGGCCCCUCUGUCGGGCUCACAUGUCAAGUCGUCGUAUAGUCCGACGCCGACAUAUCUAGUAAUACGCU